ACCCAGCAUACUGAAAUACGCGUUUUCAAACAGAGUACAAAUAGAAUAUCCACAGUAUAAGUAAAAGAUAUUAUAUUACCUUAGUGGACUCUUGAUAAAUGGAAAGUUGUGAAUUUCACAGUCAUAGUGCGUACACUCAAUUAUCUAUAUCUAACUAUUUAGAGUCCGAUAUUAGAGGCUCCAGAAAUAUGUCGACGCCCUGGGGAAAGGUACAGACGGCACCUGUCAUGCCGUGCUCACUACAAGACGUGAUGAGUGAACAGCUUGCUCAUGAUCUCCAUCAAAAAGAAGAGGAAGAAAGUCUUAAAGUCAAGGAGGCACGGACGUUUCAAGAAGUAUUAGCAGCUGCAGGAGAAAAUACAGAGGCAUCAGAUGAUUGGCUUCUAGCCCAGAUGUUGCAACAGGAGUUUGACCGAGAACAUGACCAAACAUUGAAAAUUGAGGAAAAGAAAUUCAAUGGCAAUAAUAAAGUGUCAGUCUCUUUUGAAAACUAUAGAGCAUUACACCCAGCAUACAAAGAUGAGGAAGAGGAUGAAAUCGAUCCAGAUGAAAUAGAGAGCGGGAAGAGUAGAUGGGAUAGUCCAAAUCCUAAAUUCAACAAAUAUGGAGUUUCUGGCAAAGGUAAAAAUAUAACCACCAAACAUGACGCAGAAAUAUGUGGCAGGAAAAAUGCAUCAAAGUUGAUGGAUUUACCUCCAGAAUUUCGAUCUGGUGAUGGAGAAGGGAUAGAUAUGAAGCUCUCUAACAAAGUCUACAACAAACUAAAGAUGCACUCUUUAGCUGAAAACAAGAGAAGUCAAAGAGUACAUGAAAAAAAGGAAUUUUCCACAGCUGAACAUGUGAUAGAUCCUCGCACUAAGCUUCUGCUAUACAAGAUGGUGAAUAAUGGUACACUGGAAUCUGUGGGAGGCAGCAUCAGCUCUGGGAAGGAGUCAGUAGUGUAUCAUGCAUACGGAGGAAGCAAAGAGGGAGUUUUGCUCUCAUCUGAGUGUGCGGUGAAGAUCUACAAGACAACACUUAACGAAUUCAAAAACAGAGGAGCCUAUGUUGAUGGGGAUCAUAGGUUUUCCCGGGAUGACUUCAAGAAAAACAAUCCUAGGAAAGUGAUCAGAAUCUGGGGAGAAAAGGAAACUGCUAACCUUAACAGGAUGAAGAAAUUUGGAAUUCCUUGUCCAGCUGUACAAGUCCUAAACAAGCAUAUCUUAGUGAUGAGUUUUAUUGGAAAAGAUCAGUGUCCCGCUCCUAAACUAAAAGAUGCAAAACUCUCUGUGGAAGAUUUAGAGGAUGCAUAUGAUCAAGUCAUAGGGAUCAUGGAUACAAUGCAGAAUAAAUGCGCCCUGGUUCAUAGUGACUUGAGUGAAUACAAUUUGCUGUGGUAUGGUGGUAAGGUUUGGGUCAUUGAUGUGAGUCAGGCUGUGGAAUUAACCCACCCCAAAGCUAUGGAGUUCUUGUUCAGAGACUGCAAAAAUGUGUGCAAGUUCUUCAUGAAGGCAGGAGUACAUGAUGUUAAAGAACCAGAGGAAUUGUUUAAUCAUAUCACAGGACUGAAUAUAAAAGGAGAAGGGGCCGAAUUUGCAGCCCAGGUACAAAGAUACGACAAAGAGAGAAGUGCAGAAUUACUGGCCCAUCAGAUUUCAACGAAAGAAUAUGCCUUUGAUUACUACUUUGAAAAGUCCCACCAGGACCGUUUAGAAGAGGCUGAGUUGGAGGACAGAAAUGAUCCGUUUGAGUAUUUUCAUGAGAAAUCUUUACAGGAUAAAGCAGACGAAGAGGAGGCAGGGUCCUCAGAGGAUGAAUCAGAUGAGGAUGUUGAGGAAGAAUUGGAGGAAUUUGGGAAUGCAGAUGAGGAAAAAAUAGAAAAAUUAAAACUUGGAUAGUGUUUGAUUUGGGGAAGAUGUGGGAGUUAAAAUACAUGUAUUGUCAUAUGUUGUUAUACCCCCUGCAAACAAAGUUUGGGGAUGGGGUAUAUAGAAAUAACUUUGGUCCGUCUGUUCAUCUGUCCAUCUAGUCAAGAAGUGUGAAAAGCUCUUCUGUGAUUACCUGCUGAAAUCAUACUGAAAUCAUUUGUCCAUUCAUUGACCAUUUGUCUUUGUAUCUUUAAUACCAGUAGACAGAUCUAAUGAAAACUGUAUUUAUUUUAUAUGAAUAAUGAAGUUAUGCACCUACGAUUUUGUUUUCUCUUAUUUAACAUUCAAGGAAGAUAUGGAUGUUUUUUCAUUUUGCCGGUGGGGGGAGGGGGAUUUGUCUUGUUAGGACAGUUUUAGUUUAACUUUUUCCAAUGUUUAUAUGGAACAAGGAUUUGGGGGUCAAAAGUCAGGUCAACAGGACACAGAUAAAAGAAAAGUUUCAGGGCCCUAUUAGCUCAUUCUACUUUUUACAUAAUGUAUUGCAACGCCAUACACGGACUUCUGAUGUAUGGCAAAAGACCCCUAUUGAUUUUGAUUACAAAAAAAAACACACCAAAAACAGGAAGAUCUACUCAAUUAUGAUGUCAUAGUUGAUGUCAUAGAGAUUCUGUUAAAUAAUGAUCUGCAGUUUCCUACUUCUCAGACUCUAUGAUGACAUCCUUUCUGUGAACUUUUUGAUAAUAUUCAAUAAUUGUAGCAGAUGAAACGACAAUUGAUUAUGAAAAUAUCAGUGGCAAAGCAAAGUAUUUACCAUAUUGGAUUUGGUAUUUACCCUGGUUAUACUAUUUGUUUUUCCUUUUACAACAAUAAUAUCUGUAUACUAAUAAAUGGCAGCCCAGUCAGAUCUGAAUGGCUGUCUUCUACAUGUGGUGCAAUGUUUUGGACCUUGAUAUUUUCUGAGAGCAGAGUGAUUCUGCUAUACGAGUCCUAUGGAUGUAGUAAAUUAAUUCAAUUAUUAUUCAAUGAUUCUGUUUUCUAAUAAUGAAAUUAAAUUGGAAGAGCAUGCCUGUUGAAUUCAUUAAAUCAUUUAAUUUGAAGAUGCCUCUAUGAAUGGAGUUUGACGUGUUCUUACCUGAUGAAUAUUUCGGUCAAGAAUUUAAUUCAAACAUUUGUAUACCAUAGGUAAUCAUGUUACUGGUAACAAUGAACCAUAAAUUACAUAUAAUGUUAAAUUCAUCUUAGAUUGUGCAAAAACAAGAUUAUAGGUUCAAGUUUGAUGUAGUCACCACUUUAUAUUCAUAUAAUGUAGCAUCAGUCGGGGAUUGUGAAGAUGUUUAUUUUUUGUCUCUGUAUAACUAAGGGAGACAUAUAAGAUUUUCUAUUUUUUUUUCUGUCCGGCAGCUUCUUAAUAAAAUCCUGAAAUAAUUUGA